CACUAAAAGUGGACAAAAAGGGAUUUUUCCUCUAUUGGACAGACCAAAAUAAGGAAACGGAACAUUUAGAAAUUUCUACCAUUCGUGACACCAGGACUGGAAAGCACGCGCGUUUACCGAAGGACGCGAAACUGAGGGAUACUGUUAAUAUGGGACCACAAGAUGUCCCUUUGGAAGAAAAGGCUUUAACAGUUGUGUACGGACCUGACCUGGUCAAUAUCAAUUUCUGCAACUUCUGUUGUAACAGCCGGGAAACUACGUUGGUGUGGGCGAAGGAACUGUUGAAGAUGGCGUACAACUUGAUGUCGUGGAAUGCAUCUCCUCGAAAGUACCUAGAAAAAGCUCAUACAAAGCUCAUUCUCAUGAAAGAUCGUUCUGGAAAGAUUCCAGUGAAACACAUCGUUAGAAUGUUUGCGACCCAUAAAGACGACAAGAAACGAGUUGAGAAAGCGCUCGAGUUGGCAGGACUACCAAAAGCCAAGAAUGAUUCGAUUGCCCCAGAAAAGUUCACUUUUGAAGAUUUCUUUUGCUUUUAUCGUCACCUCUCAGGGAGAAUGGAAAUAUAUAAAUUAUAUGAAAAAUUAUGUGGAGGGAAUAAAAAGAAAGGAAUGACAACGGAGCAGUUAGUAAACUUUCUGAAUAAAGAACAAAGAGAUCCACGACUCAAUGAGAUCCUUUAUCCUUAUCUAACUUCUGAACAUGCAAGAGAGGUUAUAAAACAGUGUGAACCUAACAAAGUAUAUGCUCAGAAAGGUUUGUUAUCAGCAGAAGGAUUCUUACAGUAUUUGAUGAGUGAGGACAAUAACAUCAUGGCUUUGGACAAGCUGGACUUGAAUGAGGAUAUGAAUCAGCCUUUAAAUCAUUACUUCAUUAAUUCUUCUCACAAUACUUAUCUCACAGGACAUCAGUUGACUGGCAAAUCAUCAGUAGAGAUGUAUCGACAGUGCCUAUUAGGAGGAUGCCGCUGUAUUGAACUAGACUGCUGGAAUGGUCAUAAUUCGGAUGAAGAACCCAUUAUAACACAUGGCUAUACUGUUGUUACAGAAAUCUUGCUUAAGGAAGUAAUAGAGGCAAUAGCUGAAAGUGCUUUCAAGACUUCAGAGUUUCCUGUGAUAUUAUCAUUUGAGAACCACUGCUCACCUAAACAACAAGCUAAAAUGGCCAUGUACUGUCAGAAAGCUUUUGGAGAAAUGCUGUUGACAGAGCCAUUGAGUACCCAUCCGUUAAAACCAGGUCACCCUCUACCCUCACCUAAUCAGUUGCUCAGAAAAAUUUUAAUUAAAAAUAAAAGAAAACGAUACUCCUUAGAACAAAAUAAUGUACAUCAUGAAGAAGAAGAAUCAUCAUUUUCUCUCUCACCUGAACACAUCCUCCCAGCCCAUAAUGAUGGCUUAGAAAACCUAGACCUUGAUAUAACUGGAAUUAUCCAUCAAGAGAAUAAUGAAAAGAUAAUCUCUCUUAUGAAUUCUUCAGUAGAAAGAACUGAAAGCAACUCUUCAAAGAUUGCAAGUUUUCAUUGCAUUAGGGAAGACAGCAUUCUUGAUUCUGGUGGAGAAGAUGAUGAAAACCAUUAUCGACAAACAGAAGAGGGUACAAAAGAAUCUGAAGCUGGAGCUGAGAUGUCAGCACUUGUUAACUAUGUUCAACCUGUACGCUUUUACUCCUUCGAACAUGCAGAAAGAAGAAAUCGGUGCAAUGAAGUGUCUUCCUUUGUUGAGACUCAAGCAACAAACCUUCUGAAAGAACAUCCAGUAGAAUUUGUCAAUUAUAACAAACGGCAAUUAAGCAGAAUUUAUCCACGAGGAACAAGGGUAGAUUCCAGCAAUUAUAUGCCUCAGGUAUUUUGGAAUGCAGGCUGUCAGAUGGUGGCUCUUAAUUUCCAGACACUUGAUUUGGGAAUGCAGCUAAACCAGGGAAUCUUUGAAUACAAUGCUUGCUGUGGUUAUUUGUUAAAACCUGAAUUCAUGAGAAGAGCUGACCGGAGAUUUGAUCCCUUCAUUGAAUCUACUGUAGAUGGAAUAAUAGCUGGCACUGUAACAGUUCAGAUAAUCUCUGGCCAGUUCCUCACAGACCGAAAGGUUGGAACUUAUGUGGACGUUGAUAUGUAUGGUUUACCAGCUGACACAGUCAGGCGGAGAUUUCGUACAAAAACUGUUCCUGGUAAUGGUAUCAACCCAUCUUUUGAUGAGGAGCCAUUUGUGUUUAAAAAGUGUUGCCAGAAUUGGCAUGUUUAAGAAUAACAGUUAAUGAAGAAAAUGGGCGUUUUAUUGGGCACAGGGUACUUCCAGUGAUUGGAUUGCG